AUAACGCGUACCCAGUUUUCUUAUAUUUCUCAACAAACGUUAAAACGACAAAACCUUUUCUCUCUAUUCUUGCGUUUUGCCACUUCUUCGUUUCAUCUCCAAUUGCAUCUUUGCGGCCACAAACUCAUUCAUUCUCAAUAAUAACCAUUCUUCAAAUCCUUUAACAGGUGUGCCUUUCAUUACAUGUUUUGCUUUUGAGCAAUUAAAAGUUAACCAGGUGCUGCUUUAUUCCUUGGCUAUUCUCCAAGUUUUUAAAGAAGUUCACAUUCUUCAGUAUCCUCUAGUGUCAUAACCAAAAUCAAGGAAUGCUGAAAGAUGUGCUUGAAAGUAAAGAGUUCUCUCUCCAAGGUUAAUAAGGUUGUAGCUUCAUGUGAGCUAACCUUUUUAAUACUUGAUGAGAUUGGAUAUUUAGUUGUCCACCAAUAUCUGUUUCAUACUCAUGUGCCUGAAAAACCGAGCAGUUGUGUAACGUCAAUACACGAUCUUUGUGAAGAUGGUUGAUCUUUGGAAUAGCUCAUCACAUCUGGUAACAUAAUUACUUGUACUUAAUAUAUUAUAUAAUUGAUAGAAGUAUUGGUUGUGUGCAAAAAGUGUUACCAAAAUGUUACAGAAGGGAAGUGUGCUUAUGCAAAGAUAUGAGCUGGGAAGAUUAUUAGGCCAAGGAACUUUUGCAAAGGUCUACCAUGCUAGGAAUCUGAUAAGUGGCAUGAGUGUGGCCAUUAAGGUAGUUGAUAAAGAAAAGAUUUUGAAAGUCGGGAUGAUUGAUCAGAUUAAGCGCGAAAUUUCGGUGAUGAGAUUAGUCAGACACCCAAAUGUGGUUGAGCUUUACGAGGUAAUGGCCAGUAAAACCAAAAUUUUCAUUGUCAUGGAGUAUGCAAAAGGUGGUGAGCUCUUCAACAAGAUAGCUAAAGGAAAGCUCAAGGUGGAUGUUGCUAGACGAUAUUUUCAGCAGUUGGUUAGCGCAGUUGACUUCUGCCACAGCAGGGGGGUGUAUCAUAGAGAUUUGAAACCCGAAAAUCUACUAUUGGAUGAAAAUGAGAAUUUGAAGAUUUCAGAUUUUGGGUUGAGUACCUUUGUUGAAUCUAAUUGCAAAGAUGGAUUACUCCAUACUACAUGCGGUACCCCUGCGUAUGUUUCCCCGGAAGUGAUAAACAGAAAGGGUUAUGAUGGAAGCAAAGCUGAUAUAUGGUCAUGUGGUGUAAUCUUGUUUGUUCUAUUGGCUGGUUAUCUUCCAUUCCAUGAUCAAAAUCUGAUGGAGAUGUACAGGAAAAUCAGUAGAGGGGAAUUCAAAUUUCCUAAAUGGUUUGCACCAGAGGUUCGCCGGUUGUUGUCCAAAAUAUUAGAUCCAUAUCCCAAGACUCGGAUAUCAAUGGCCAAGAUCAUGGAAAAUUCUUGGUUUAAAAAGGGAUUAGAGAAGCCUGUUGUUAUUGAGACCGAAAACAAUGAACCAGCUUCUUUGCUGCAUGCUGAUGGAGUGUUCGAAGUGUCCGAGAACGGUGAUGGUUCUAUUGCGGAGACAAAACAACAACAAGCAAAGCCUUGCAACAACUUAAAUGCCUUUGAUAUCAUCUCCUUCUCGUCCGGUUUCGAUUUAUCUGGUUUGUUCGAGGACAAAAUUCAACAGAAAGAGAUGCGGUUUACAUCUAACAAGCCGGCCUCAACUAUAAUCUCGAAGUUGGAAGAAAUUUGCAAGUGUCUUUGCUUGAAAGUAAAGAAAAAAGAUGGAGGUUUGUUCAAGUUGGAAGGUUCAAAGGAAGGAAGGAAAGGAACUCUAAAUAUUGAUGCCGAAAUUUUCGAGAUUACCCCUAUCUUUCAUCUUGUGGAACUUAAAAAGUCCAAUGGGGAUACAAUGGAGUUUCAGAAGCUUUUGCAAGAGGACAUUAGACCAGCACUUAAGGACAUUGUGUGGAGCUGGCAAGGAGAAGAACCACAGCAACUUCAACAUGAAGUAGUGCAGGAGGAGCAACAGCCAUCUCUUACUUCUCAAAUUUGAGGCUGAAUCAUAGCAAAUUUCUUAAUCAAUGUUGCAUCACUAGGUUGUUGUGUUUGUGCUUCUUUUGGAUGAUCUUUGUCAUGUUCUUAAUUUAACAAUAAUCAUCAUAGAAUAAGGUGGCUAGUUUAGUCUUUUCUCAUGUAUGUAUGGAUAUAUAUAUACUUCAAAAGACUUGUAUGCCUAAAGUAAGACUUACCAUUUGGGCCUUUUGCUCCA